CUUCUGGUCCACUCUCCAAGCCCUUACCCGAUCAAAAUCUCUAGGGUUCUCUUUCUCCCUUCUCCUAGCCCAAAUGAACCCCUGAAACCCUAAUUCUCCCCCGAUCAAGACUCUAGGGUUCCUCCACUCCCCGCCUCCCUUUCUGUCCUCUCCCGAUCUCUCCAUGGGAGUCAAGGCCGAAAAUGGCGUCAAGCCCACUGCCCUCGCCUCCCCCUUCCCCUCCCUGAAAACCCUAAAGCUCAAAACCAAACAGCAGGAGCUCCUGAUCCGCGUUUCUGCGCUCGCCCUCAUCUACGUCCUCGCCUUCGCCGUCCGCCUGUUCAGCGUCCUCCGCUACGAGUCCAUGAUCCACGAGUUCGACCCCUACUUCAACUACCGGACCACCCUCUUCCUCACGAAGAACGGCUUCUAUGAGUUUUGGAACUGGUUCGACGCCGAGAGCUGGUACCCCCUUGGCCGGAUUAUCGGCGGCACCCUCUUCCCCGGCCUCAUGGUCACCGCCGCCCUCAUCUAUCGCGCCGUCCGCUUCCUCACCUUCGCCGUGCACAUCCGUGAGGUCUGCGUCCUCACGGCGCCUUUCUUCGCCUCCAACACCACCCUUGUCGCCUACUUCUUCGGUAAGGAGAUCUGGGAUGCCGGCGCCGGCCUUGCUGCUGCCGCCCUCAUCGCCAUCUGCCCUGGCUACAUCUCCCGGUCCGUCGCCGGGUCCUAUGAUAACGAGGGUGUCGCCAUCUUCGCCUUGCUGUUGACCUUCUACCUCUUUGUGAAGGCCGUGAACACGGGAUCGCUGGCCUGGGGACUGGCGUCGGCUUUCGGGUACUUUUAUAUGGUGUCUGCAUGGGGAGGGUAUGUGUUUAUAAUCAACUUGGUGCCGCUGUAUGUUUUGGUGCUGCUGAUCACAGGGAGGUAUUCGAUGAGGCUUUAUGUUGCUUAUAAUUGCAUGUAUAUAUUGGGGAUGCUGCUCGCGAUGCAGAUCCGGUUCGUGGGAUUCCAGCAUGUGCAGUCCGGAGAGCACAUGGCCGCCUUGGGUGUGUUCUUCUUGAUGCAGGUUUUUUACUUUGUAGACUGGGUGAAAUACAUACUAAAUGAUCCUAAAUUAUUCCAUUCCUUCUUGAGAAUUACUCUGACAUCUGCAAUAAGCGUGGGUGCUCUUGCUCUUGGAGUUGGCACAGCAACUGGUUAUAUCUCUCCCUGGACAGGACGGUUUUACUCUCUGCUUGAUCCGACAUAUGCGAAGGAUCAUAUACCCAUCAUUGCAUCUGUUUCAGAGCAUCAACCGACAGCAUGGUCAUCAUUCAUGUUUGACUUCCAUGUCCUUCUGUUUCUCUUUCCAGCAGGCCUUUAUUUCUGCUUUAAGCGUUUGUCAGAUGCCACAAUAUUCAUAGUUAUGUAUGGCCUGACAAGCAUGUACUUUGCUGGUGUGAUGGUUCGGUUAAUUCUUGUAGCUGCACCUGCUGUAUGCCUUAUCAGUUCCAUUGCGCUCUCUGCCACAAUAAAAAAUCUGACAACAUUAAUACGGACAAAGAGCAAGGCUGCACAGACAUUUUCCAGCAAAGGGAUAUCCAGCUUGAAGGCAUCAGCUAAGGCAUCACUUGAUCGAGCUUUGCCUUUCCAACGAAAUGUUGCUAUUGCUUUGCUUGUUGGUGCAUUUUAUUUGCUCAGUAGAUAUGCUGUACACUGCAUCUGGGUCACAUCUGAGGCAUAUUCUUCACCCUCUAUUGUCUUGGCUGCAAGGAGCGCUCAUGGUGGCAGAGUCAUAUUUGAUGAUUACCGUGAGGCAUAUUUCUGGCUUCGUCAAAAUACUCCUCCAGAUGCCAAGGUGAUGUCAUGGUGGGAUUAUGGAUACCAGAUCACAGCCAUGGGAAAUAGAACUGUGAUUGUAGACAAUAAUACAUGGAAUAAUACACACAUUGCUACUGUUGGGCGUGCAAUGUCAUCAUAUGAGGAUGAAGCAUAUGAGAUAAUGCAAUCACUGGAUGUGGAUUAUGUGCUUGUUGUAUUUGGUGGUGUUACUGGCUAUUCAUCUGAUGAUAUUAACAAAUUUCUGUGGAUGGUGCGUAUCGGUGGUGGGGUUUUUCCUGUGAUAAAAGAACCUGAUUAUCUUGUGAAUGGCGAAUAUCGCGUUGACAAAGGGGCAGCACCGAAAAUGUUGAACUGUCUCAUGUACAAGCUUUCUUAUUAUCGGUUUGGGGAGCUGACAACAGAGUAUGGGAAGCCCGCUGGGUAUGAUCGAGCAAGAGGAGUGGAAAUUGGAAAUAAAGAUAUCGAGCUUGAAUACUUGGAAGAGGCAUACACAACAUCGAACUGGAUUAUUCGGAUAUACAAAGUCAAGCCACCGAAAAACAGGUGGUGAGGUCUCCCCAAGUCUUGCCUUUAGAAUACAGGAACCCCAGUUAUGAACCACAAUGCUCAAUCUGCAGCACAUUGCAUGAUCUUAUAUACAGUGGAAGGUGAGCCCAUCUAAAAUAAAGCAUGGGUUUUCAUUAGUUGGGGUUUUGUUGGCGGGAGGGUUGAUUUUUCUUGGAGCAUGACAGAUUAGCAUGUUAUUUCAAUAUGCGAAGGCUGGAUACCAUCAGUUUGAGUUUUAGGCUUUUCUUCCCACCCCCACCCCUUUUAUUUAUGUUUUAGAUUCAAAGUGAAUUUUGACAGAACUAGCAAUUCUAUCUUUUAGAGUAUGUUAGCCAUGUUUGCAUUAAUUAUUGAUACACAUCAAUGGGACUUGACACUUUGCAAA